AUGAUGCAUGGCCGCGUCGGCAUCCCUCAAAGCAUGCUGUCUGGCUUUGAGAACUUUGAGGCGCUAGAUCCGGCAGAUUGGACAGCUCGUGGGUACGCCAUUGUGAAUGUGGACGCACGUGGUGUGUUUGAUUCUGAUGGGGACAUUAGAUGGUGGGGAACUGGGGAGGGCAAAGAUGGUUAUGAUGCAAUUGAGCAUAUAGCACAGCUUCCCUGGUGCAACGAGAAGAUCGCUAUGGCCGGAAACUCUUGGCUGGCAAUAGCUCAAUGGUUCAUUGCUGCCGAGCGCCCCCCACACUUAGCUUGCAUCGCGCCUUUCGAGGGUCUUAGCGAUGCCUAUCGAGAGACAUUGUGUCGAGGCGGCGUGCCUUAUAAGCCAUUCUGGACGUUUCUUGGCAGAGAGUGUCUCUUUGGCAAACACCAACAAGAGGACACAUUAGCUAUGGUAGACAAAUAUCCUCUGAUGAACGAGUACUGGGAAGACAAGACAGCCAAGAUUGAGAACAUCAAGUGCCCGGCCUAUGUUGUCGCAAGCUUCUCUAAUGGACUGCACACCGCUGGAACUUUUCGCGCCUUUCAAGGAAUACCGCAUCAAGACAAAUGGCUCCGAGUCCACCCAACAAAUGAAUGGCAUGAUAUAUAUCAGCCCCAUAAUAAUAACGACUUGCAAGAGUUCCUCAAUUAUUUCACAAAAGGGAAACAAAACUCGUGGGACCAAACGCCAAACGUCCGACUCUCAAUACUGCAGUUCAACAAGGCGCCAAUUAUGAAUCAGGCCUUCGGUGACUGGCCAAUUCCAAAUACGGAAUAUCGCAGGCUUUAUCUCUCCAGCGGGGGAUCGCUUACGCAAAAUAUUUCCCCAAAUGAAAUAACUCUUUCGUACCAAGCCGAUGCACCAGCUUUCCAACGUGUUACAGAUACUGAGGAACUCUCCUUUGAAUACACAUUCGAUGAUAGGAGCUACGUUGUCGGUCACCCUAAAGCAGUGCUGUACAUGUCAUGCAACGACUAUGACGAUAUGGAUGUCUUUGUUCAGCUUCGUAAGUUGGACAAAGGAGGGAAUCUUCUACAGAACCUCAACGUUUCUCUCGAGCAUCUACCAUUCGGGGAAUCAGAAGUUGAAGACGUGGGUUCUAUGAAGCACCUUGGUCCCACUGGAAUUCUCCGUGCCAGUCAUCGUAGGCUGGACUCACGUCUCUCACAGCCACACCUACCUGUUCUCACUCACUCGGAUGAGGAGAAGAUCAUUCCCGGUGAGGUUGUCAAGCUUGAGAUUGCUUUGUGGCCGACGGGAAUCUCAUUUGACGCCGGUGAAAAGUUAACGUUCAAAGUCGCUGGGCAUCACAUGGCGUUCGCCGAGUUUAUCGCAUUACAGGGCGGAUAUGAAACAGAUAACAAAGGUCGUCAUAACCUGCACAUAGGAUCGAAGUACCCGAGCUACAUUGAGAUACCUUUUAUAACUAUAUAG